AUGGCGGAAUACAAUCCUGAGCUGCGGGCGAGGCUCGAGGAGCUGGACCGCGAGUUGGAGGAGGGCGAUAUUACUGAGAAGGGAUAUCAGAAGCGGCGGACAAUGCUGCUUUCGCAGUUUGCUCACCAUCAAGUAGCCCCGGCCCCGGUACCUCCGCAGUCUCGCUCCGGCUUGAGCAUACACUCUCCCGAGACCUCGACGCAUCCCUCGAGCGAUGGCCGACGAGCCUCUGUCAUGACCUCGACGUCUGUGAGCGGUGGCUAUGGAGGUGGAUACGGCGCUGGAGGCGGCUAUCACGACCAGAAUAGCAACUAUGGCGAUUAUACGCAGCGCCCCGACUCAAGCUAUGCCGCUCCGCCACCAGGCUCUUCG